AGCCGGUCGGAUGCUGGACGGGCCACUAUAAGCGAGAUUUAAUCAGGCUACCGAAUCGCUACUUGUAAUAAAAGGUUUUUCCAGUGAUGUCUAUCAUUUUAUUGAUAUACCUGUUGUAAUGUUGCAGCGAAGAAAAAUUGUACACAGACGUCAGCGGGAGAGAGAACAAAGGGUUCAACAACAGAGAAAAUCCAAGACUGGAAAAAGUUUUCUAUCAGAACAUCUGUGGAUAUCUGUGGUGAAACUUCCCUCUAGCCACUUCACCCGUGUGCAGAGGAUAUCCUGUUGUCUGUCCCUCCUCAUGUCCUUCAUGUUAGUCAACAUCAUGUUCUACCGGGGAGACAGGAACUUCGUACCCAGGGUUACCGGAGGGAGGGUCCAACUGGAGCAACUGUUCAGCUGGGACACGUUCAUCAUCGGCCUGGAGAGUUCCCUGAUCGCCUUACCAAUCAACGUCAUCGUCGUGGUGCUUUUCCGUUACGCCGGGCCACGUCACGACACGUCAUCGCCAGCAAACGGGUCCCACCCGAAGGGCAAGAACAACUACGUCACUACGCGGAAGGAUCGAGUCUUGAAUCUACCCCGUUACCUGCCCGCACCCGGAGGUAACGGCACGGAGUACACUGCAGAUCCUUCCGCGCACAUCGAAAAGCUCACAAAACAAGGAGCUCUGAAAAAAUCCAAUGGCAGAGAGAAACACGGCUCGAAGGUUGCCGUGAGUGAGAAACCGUACCGCCCGUUGCCCUGGUGGAGCGUUAUCGUAGCCUGGUUCCUGGUUGCUGCCAUAGUUAUAGUAUCCGGUGCCUUUACUGUCCUGUACGGUAAUGACUACGGCAGGGCCAAGUCUCAAGCCUGGCUCUUGGCCUUCGUCAUCUCCUUCCUGACUGACUUCAUCCUUCUUCAACCGGUCAAGUUGAUUCUGGUCAUCAUCUUCUUCAAGCUAGUUACCAAGAAAACUAAACCGUCACCAGAAACUGUUUCCAACAUACAGCUUCGAAUGGAUGAUUUGAUCAAAACAGAAUGGGAACGAAGGAGAAGAUACCUGCUUCGGAUGGACCAUGACCGCCGUUUGAGACGACCAGCAGCCGGACCGAGGUACGUCGUCACUGCCAACAGAUCAUUUGGCGACGGCGGCAAGUCGGGAAGCCGCCAGGAACAACACAUAACCGGUAUCAUCCGGUACCAGAACCGGUAUCAUCCGCCUCCGCGUCACACGCGCAUCAACACAUCCAACCCAAUGUUUGUCAACGUGAAGGAUUCUAAACAGCACAACAUGCGCCAAUACGAGUCUCUCGUGCCCCGGCGUAGAUAA